AUGGCGGAAAGAGAAACCUGCACGUAUUCAGCUCUCUUGAAUCCCACCCCCCUCGCUGACGACAGGCCGCUGCAGUUGGAUGAUCGCACCUAUCAUCGCCACGCCGACGAGUAUCUCGAUUCGGUUGCGCACCACCUCGAAGAGCUUGGCGACGAGAUUGAGCUCGAGGGAUUCGAUGUGCUGUUCGCGAACGGUGUCAUUACCCUCAAGCUUGGAUCCAAGGGCACAUUCGUCCUCAAUAAGCAACCUCCCAACAAGCAGAUCUGGCUCUCGUCACCCAUCAGCGGCCCGAUGCGCUUUGACCUGAUCGAAGAUAAUGGUCGGACCCAAUGGAUCUAUCAUCGUGGAAAUGUGAAGCUGACAGAGCUGCUGAACAAAGAGCUGACCCAGCUGCUCGACAGGGAUGUGGAUGUCGAGUCGAAUAUGGACGACUGA